AUGGAGGGAGGGAGGAGAGCUUGCGUGAUAGGCGCCGGCGGCUUCAUCGCGUCAUGGAUCGUCGCCAAGCUGCUGGAUCGAGGCUACAAAGUUCAUGGCACCGUUCGAGAUCCAGACGACGAUGAGAAGAAUGGGCAUUUGAACAAGCUCCCUGGCGCCGGGGAGAGAUUAUCGCUGUUUAGAGCUGAUGUUCUCGACUAUGAGUCGCUUGUGCCCGCUGUUCGUGGUUGCGAUGUUGUCUUCCACACCGCUUGUCCCGUAGCUCCAAACUUUGAGGAUCCAGACGCUGUGUUAAAACCUGCCGUGGAUGGCACUCGAAAUGUAAUGGAAGCUUGCCACAAGGAGAAUAUCAAGCGUGUUGUGUUCACCUCCUCUGUAGCUGCCAUGGUAUUUGAUCCAAAUCGACCUCGAGAUCAGAUAAUCGAUGAGUGCUGCUGGUCUGAUCCUGAGUCCUGCCGAAAGAGCCAGCAAUGGUACAUGCUUGCUAAAACCGAGUCGGAGAAGCUUGUUGCCAAACUUGGCGACGAUUUUGGAAUUCGUGUUGUUGCGAUCUGCCCUGUUCUGGUUCUAGGCCCUAUCUUGCAAUCCAGGAUCAACUCUAGCGUUGGAAUCCUGGCAAAUAUGAUGAAUGGCUCGAAAACUAGCUACCCCAACUCAUACUAUCCUCUCGUGGACGUGCGAGAUGUUGCCGAGGCGCACAUUGCCGGAUACGAGGAUCCCAACGCCUCUGCCCGCUACUAUUGUGUUGCGUACUCGAAGCAUUGCAAGGAGAUGAUCGAGACUCUCAAGGAGGACUUCCCACAAUACUCGUACCCAGACAAGUGUGAAGGUGAAACCCCUGGCAUUUCAUUCGAGAAGAUCUCGAACAAAAAGAUCUUGUCCCUCAUCAAGGAGUUCAUCCCCUACGAGAAGGUGCUGGUGGACACGGUCGUUAGCCUGCAAGAGAAAGGCUUGCUCUGAACACUCUUAAAGAAGUGCUCAAAAGUCCUACAAACUUCCAGAUCCGAACUGAGAGAUCAAACGCUUCCAGGAUUAAAAAGUGCAUGUCGGUUCGUCUGUUUUCCGCAUCUCUAAGCUCCCGGAUGCACCGGUGGCCUCUGUUUAGAUCGCUCCACUUGCGUGGUGUUAUGAAAACCUUCGUGAGCGCCGCACUCAUUCAUCCCGAUGUUAUACAUAGCGGAACUGCUCGAUGCUGUCGAGGACGAGGAAUCGCUAUUAUCACAAAAGAAGACAUUGACAGAUUAUAAAGAAA